AAAAAAACGACUUAUUUUAAGGUCUAAUAAUUAACUAAGAAGCAUAAUUCAAAAAAAAAAUAAAUUAUUAAAAUAAAUUUUAUAAUUAAUUUUUAACAAAAGGAUUCAAAUAUUUUCAUAGUGCAUGAACACUAUUUCAUCAAAUCCUCCAUCUUCUCCAUCACCUGUUGUAUUAACAUCAUUAUCACAACAACAACCGCCAUCAACAUUAUCAUCAUCAUUGAGUAGUAGUAGUAAUAAUAGUACAACUCAAUCAUCAACAAUAAUGGCUGUUACAUCAACUGUACCACCGGGUGCACGUAGUACAUCACCAUGUUCAGCUGCAACCGCUGGUGGACCAUAUGGUCAACCAACACCAUCAACACCAACAUCAACAGGUAGAUGCUGUGAUACAGGUAGAACAAUAUUUACUGAUCCAGUUACUGGACAAACAUUAUGCUCUUGUCAAUAUGAUUUAUUAAAUUAUCCAAGACUGGCAGCAGCUGGUGCUGGUAUACCAGUUGGUCCAGGUGGUGUACCAUUAGGUGUAUAUCCAGAAGGUGUUGCUGCAUAUUUAUCAAGUAUGGGAGCUGAUCAACCGCCAUUUUAUCCAAAUCCGGCUGGUUUAGAUCUUAAAGAAAAUUUAGUUGCUGGUGCGGCACCAUGGCCAUAUCCAUCAGUAUAUCAUCCUUAUGAUACAGCAUUUGCUGCAUAUCCUUUUAAUAGUUAUGGUAUGGAUUUGAAUGGUGCUCGUAGAAAAAAUGCAACUCGUGAAACAACAUCAACAUUAAAAGCAUGGUUAAAUGAGCAUAAAAAGAAUCCGUAUCCGACAAAAGGUGAAAAAAUUAUGCUUGCUAUUAUUACAAAAAUGACAUUAACACAGGUAUCAACAUGGUUUGCAAAUGCAAGAAGAAGACUGAAAAAAGAGAAUAAAAUGACAUGGGAACCAAGAAAUCGUGUUGAUGAUGAUGAUGCUGCAUUAGAUGAUGACGAUAAAGAUGAUGAUAAAGAUUUAUUAGAUGCAAAAGAUUCUGGUACCGGUUCAACAGAAUCAAAUCGUUUAGAUGUAUUAGAUCGACCAGAAGGUAAUAGUGAAUGGUCUGGUUCAAGACCAGGUAGUGCUAAUGGUUCACCUGAUAUAUAUGAUCAUCAUCAUUUACAUCAUCAACGACCAAUUGGUGGUGUUGGUGUUGGACAUCCAUUAUUACAUCCGGCUGCCUUGCAACAUUUUCGACCACCAACUGGUUCACCGCCAGAAUCACAUCAUCCAUUAUCACAUCAUCAUCAUUCACAUCAUACAGUUGGUGCAUUAAGUGCAUUAAGUGGUACUAAUUCAAGUAUAAAUAAACCUAGAAUAUGGUCAUUAGCUGAUAUGGCUAGUAAAGAAUCAAAAGAUGGUAAUACUAGUUCAACAAAUUCAAGUAAUUCAAAUAGUAAUGCAACAUCAAGCAGUAAUAGCAAUAAUAAUAAUAAUAAUACAAAUAAUAAUAGUAAUAGUGAUAAUAUACCACCACCAAGUAGUUUAUAUACACAUCCAUCUCAACAUUCAUCGCCUGGUAAAAUUUUAUCACCAUUAGCAGCACGUAUACCAAAUUAUCCACCAUAUGGUAGACCAGAUUUAUAUAGAGGUUUUUAUGGUGCAGCAGCUGCUGCUGCCGCACAUUUAGGUGCACCAACAUCAGCUGAAUUUCUUGAUCAUCAUCAAAGAUCAUUUCAAGCUAGUUUAGCUGCCCAUCAUAGUAUGAAUCCAUUAUUAUGGAAAGCAGCUGUUACUGCUGGUAGUGCUGCUGGUGCACCACCAUUUGCACCACUUAGUUUAACAACGAAUAAUCAUCAUAAUAAUAAUAAUACAGCACCACAACCGGGUGCAUCACCAUCAGCAUCAAGUACAUCAUCAUCAAUUGGUGGUAAUGAUCAAAUAAAUAAUAAUAGUUCAUCUCAACAACAAAAUUCAAUACAACAUAUCUCUGGUAAUUCAUCAACAUCGUCUGGUUCAACAUCUGGUCGUAUUUCACCCGGUAUUAGUAGUAAUGGUAGUAAACCAUGACCGAUACAAUUAACAUCAGCUUUUACACAAUUAAUUAAUUUUCGUGAACAACAAACAACAAAAUUAUUAUUGAGACCAUAGAAAUAAAGCUGAAUGGGAUAAAAAAUUUUUCAAGUAAUUGUGAGUUCUUAAUUUUAUCUUUAAUUAUUGUUUAGAUUUCUUAUUUUGUAUCAAUAUUUUCACAAAAAGCUACAAUCACAAAAUUUAUAAAUUAAUUUUUUAUAAUUUGUUUUUCUUAUUCUCAAAAUUUUAAUUAAUCUUUAAACAAAAUUUUGUCAAUACAACAUUUUAAUAAUUUGUUGUAUAUAACAGAAACUUUUUAAUUAUAUAAACAAAAAAAAAAUAUAUAAAAUAAAUAAAUAAAAUAAUUAAAUUUAAAAAAAAAAAAUAAAACAAAUUUUCUCAAAUCUAAUGUAGAAAAUCUUAAGAAAGAAAAAAAAAUAAAAUAUUUGGGCGUUACGCUCGCUGGCCGAUGCAAUGUAAACAAAAUAAAAAAAAAAUGUGUGAUUUCUUUAGAACGUGUAUGUUGUAAAUUCUAUUUAGUGUAAUAUAUUAUUAUAUAAACAUAAAUAUUAAGUUAAUUAAAUAUAAAAUAAAUAAAUAAAAUUAAAUAAAAAUGCAAAAAAAAAAAAAUUUUUAGAAUCUAAGCAAAAUUAAUUAAAAAAAAUCGUUAUCAGCGCUUUAUGUUGCAAAUAAACUUUACAAAAAAAAAAAAUGUAUAAAUGAU